AAUCGAUAUAAAGUUAAUUAUUUCUGGAGGCUUCUGAUUUGUACGGAGUAUGACGUCAUUGUGGGUUAUUUCAAGUCAUCUCGUUCCAAUUUGUUUAUUUAUCUUUCUCACAACGGCAGUUAUCGGAAGAAGGCCAACACGAAACGAAGUUCCGCCAACUGAAAUAGACGGCAACGGUUGUGAAUGUGUUUGGACGCCAUGGAUGAAUAACGACGAUUAUGACGCAAAUGUUGGAGACAAUACAACUUAUGAUAAAUUACGUGGUUCAUAUGACUUCUGUGAAAAACCAAGGGACAUAAAAUGCAGAGACAGCUUACGAUGGGAAGUACCGUAUCACUUACUUCGAUUGAAACACACAAUAUGUGACGUUGAGAUCGGUUUAAGAUGUGUUUCAAUACCUCGCUAUAAAGCUCGUGGAAGAAGAACGCACUUUUGCAGUGAUUAUGAAAUCACAGUUCAAUGCUGUCAUUGCACUACGACAACUAAAGAACCGAAAACGACUGUUGCUAUAACAACUGCAUCGAUGGAAAAACCGGAAAAAAUAAUUCUGGGGAUUCACGAUACCGGUCAUGGGAUUUUCGAAGGAAAUACCAACUGGGCUGACUCAGAGUCAAAUAAAACGAUGCCGGAAAGUAAAUCAAGCUCGAAUGAAGACGGCGAAGUCGUUCCUCUGGCAGUAAUAUUGGUGAUUGUAUUCGGAUGUAUUGCUGUUAUUGCUUUCAGUUUGAUCAUCUGGAUGAUAAUGACAAAAGGUUUCUUCAUGACAAACAGAAAAAGAUUUUCACACGACGAGUAUUAUCAAGAGGCACCAAUGGAAAUAAUUCGAACGCCGAUUAAAUUACCUGACAAUCACCCAGAAAAACACAAAGUCGCCUUCGCUCGAACAAAUUCAAGUUCGUACAGUGACUACAUGACGUCAUCAUCUGAUGACGAAGGUUAUCGCAGUCGGCCUUCGAAAAAUCGAAAACGAAAAAAGACCAAAAGACAAAGAGAUCGAAAUUUAAACAAUGCUAAUAAUCGUUCGGAUUACACAAGCGAUAGUUUUGAAUUUCCAACUUUGGACUCGAGGUCACCGCCAGAAGAAAAUAGCGAUGAAGGAAGACUAAGAAAAUGGUUUCCAGACGAAUAUGAAAGAUCUCAGCAACAAAAACGUCAACAACAACGAAGUACAAAAAGCAAACUAAUGUUUAACACGAGUAAUAGAAAAAGUAUUCCAUACAUGGACAACGAUUCAUGAUAUUUUCAUUAAAGACAAUUAUGGUGAUAUCUCUAGCGCAGAAACUGAUCAAUUGAAUGCCUGAUGUUCAAAUUAUAUAAAUAAUACAACUCAGUUGAUUGCGAUAAUACCUCGAAAAUUUAUCUUUAUAUAUAAGUUCCACGAUGCUCUUAAUUUAAAGAGUCGAAAACAUACUGACAUCGUCAUAAAAAAAAUAAUUGAAUACCCAUAGGAGUAAUGCAAAAGCAGUCAAAGCUCAAGGUACAUUUCCACUGGCCAAAACCAAUGAUGGGUACUCCCGUAGUAUGUGUACCAGGUUAGGGUUAGGGCAAAAUUUUAUUCCGAUUUUCCUUAUUUUAGUUCAGUACGAGUCCUGGGACCGUCUGUCUUAGCCAAUCAAAUAUACCCACUAUCCAUAGCCUUCCGUCGUUUUACACAACUUGAUGUAAAGUAGGCAGAAUUAGUUACCUCCGUAUUGGUACACAUACUUCUGGAGCGCCCAAUGCAAACCCCAAAUGUAAGGCCGGUUGCCAGGUGCGGUUCAAGUUAUUCAUUUGCUGUGGUCUUCUAACGUCACAGACACAAAACAAUAACUGAUACGAUGAUAUUACAAUUCUCCAGGAACUGGUUCGAGCGAACGCGUGGGAGGUAACCUGCCAAAUCUCAUUACUGGCUCAUUUUUCUCGUUUUUACCGUAUUGCAUCGAAUCUUUAUUUUCAACCCAAACACAAAUAAACGUAGCAAUUUGAAAUAAUUUUGACCUAAAUUCGCAGUUUAAUUUUUUGUGAAAAUACAUUUUUUUUAUUACUGCAUGUAAUAUAAUAAAUGAUUUAUCUGACAAACUUCUUAUAUGAUCAUUGCGUAGGCAAACUACAUAUUAAUACGCUCAUUCACUGGCAUAAAACUAUGAUGUUAUAUU